AUGGAAUUGCUUGGUGGAUUCAGUAUUUGUCAUUUAAUUUUAUUCGCGAAUGAAUUGAAUGGGAUUAGUGCUGGUCCAGUACACAGCAAAAUGCUAUAUAAUAAACGAGACAUACUGCAAGCAGCAAGAGCAAAAAGAAUAUCAAAGCUGGCAACAACAACAACAACAACAACAAUAACAACGCAAUCUAAGUUACUGAUAGCUCAUUCGUGGUGGAAAGUGAUAAAAAAUUUGAUUUUGCAAAAUUCAUUUUGA